CGAUAUUCUUUUCAAGCUUCCCUUUUCCCCCACCGGCGGGUCUCGUGGCGGGAUUUUAGGCCGACCCUCGCAUCUUUCCAAGAUCGGAUUAGGUGGUAAAGCAAAGGCAGAUUACACCAUUAGAUGUCCAUUUUCAAUCGCGCGGGCGAUAAUCGAAUUUUGCGCUCUGAUUAUUUACAACUGGACUCAAAAUCGGAUCAAUUUAUAGGACUGUUUUUACUUGCUCUAAAAAUUCUAAAAACUGAAAUGGUAGUCCUUGCUUUUUUCCGUCUCAAUAAGCAAACAAAAAAUCAUUGAAAAAGCAAUCGCAUUGAAUAAUCGCAGUUUGCUUAAUCACUGUGCGUGGUUCGUUAGUAUUAUAGUUUGUGAGUCUUAAGCCUUGUACCGUCUUUAUCGUAGUCUGUGUUAUUUCAUCCUGAGUUGUGAGUUCUCGUGAGCACUGUGAGUGUGGUUAGUCGUGAGAACCAUUCGAUAGUUGGACAGGAGAUUGCCAUGAGUGGUCUUGUCAGAUGUUUCAGUCUUUCGAGGGAAGAAUUCAGCAGUCUGCAAGAAGAGAACAACCACUAUAAAGUCAAGUUGGACCGUCUCGAGGUCUGCAACAGUCAUCUGCAGGCGGAAUUGGGAGCUCUGAGGGGACUGGUGGACUCUGAGGACGAUGCCACCAAACUCAUCAUCCAACAGUCAGAGUUGGUGUUUGGCAAGUACCACCGGUGCAUCCAGGACUUGGAGCUGAUGGUGAGCAGCAGCAACGACCUCACCCGCAGUCUCUCUCAGAAGUGUCUCAAGACUCAGAGACCCAAACUGGAACUGCUCAAGCAGGAACUGUCCUCACUUCAGAAUGUGGUACAGGAAAUAACGCAAUGCGUGGAUACGGAUGAAAGAGAGCGAGUGCUGUGUCACGAAAGAAUAGAUCAUCUCGAGAUGCAGCUACACACCAGUCAGGAGAAGCUGGAAGAUACGAAACGAGAUCUGGAACAAAAAUUGAGUGAAAACGAAGCUCUGAGUUCGGAGAUCGAAGAGGCUCAGAAACAUCAACGAGAUCUGAAAGACGAAAUACGAGCCAUGGAGCUCAAGUUAGAGUUACGUAAUCAAGCUAAAGAACACGCGUUCAAAGUACUUAAUAAGUUUCUCAAAGACGCGUUUAAUUUGGUUGUCUCGGAAAAAGAUGACCUUGAAAAGAUUGCGAGUCGUCUGUCGGAAAUCAUGAACAGAUUGCACAAGAGAAUUCGUUCACUGCAGAAUGAAGUUCGCGAUGCGAGAAAUGAGUCGAAUUACCGAAUGAACACAGUUUAUGCUCAGCUUGAAAGGGAUCUCAUUGUCAUUUAUCUCUCCAUUUGA